UUCUCCGUCAGGUCUCGCUCGCGUUUUCUGAAAGUCACGCACGCCGUGGUUUUUAGCUGCGGGGACUCGAGUGGAGAGCUGGGAUUGUCGCUGUUGGAUUCUACACCAUGCAUCAGCGUUUGAGCCCUCAGCAUGUGCGACGCGAGGGGAAGUGGAUUUGUCUGACAAGUUCUCCUGACAUUUGCUUUUAAUCCCGACACUCCUUGUGAAAACUCUCCACUCCAGCGCACGAUGAUUUUAACACCUUUUGUCAUUGUAUUGACCUUUCUAGAUUCCGUGUUCACCUUGAAGGGUGACAGCGGCGGCUCAGCCUCCCGGCCCGCCCGGCUGGACUGCGUGAAGGCCAGCGAGCAGUGUUUGAAGGAGUACUCCUGCAGCACCAAGUACCGGACGAUGAGGCAGUGCGUGGCGGGGAGGGAGAGCAACUUCACCGCGGUCACCGGCCUGGAGGCGCAGGGCGAGUGCCGCAACGCCAUAGAUGCCAUGAAGCAGAGCCCGCUUUACAACUGCAGGUGUAGAAGAGGCAUGAAGAAGGAGAAGAACUGCCUCCGGAUCUUCUGGAGCAUAUUUGACAGUUUGCAAGGUAAUGAUUUAUUGGAAUACUCUCCUUAUGAACCAGCCAACAGCCGGUUGUCAGACAUCUUCCACCUGGCUCCCAUCAUAGCUGUCGAACCUGCCUCUGGAAAGGAGAACAGCUGCCUGAGCGCUGCCAAAGCCUGCAACCUGAAUGACACCUGUAAGAAAUACCGCUCGGCUUACAUCAGCCCCUGCACUAGCAGGGUGUCCGUUUCUGAAGUCUGCAACAAGCGCAAGUGUCACAAGGCUCUCAGACACUUCUUUGACAAGGUUCCGGCGAAGUACAGCUACGGGAUGCUGUUCUGCUCCUGCCGGUCGGGGGAUCAGCCCGCCUGCGCCGAACGCCGGCGGCAAACCAUCGUGCCGGUCUGCUCCUACGAGGACAAGGACAAGGCCAACUGCCUGUCGCUUCAGAACACAUGCAAGACCAACUACAUCUGCAGGUCGAGGCUGGCAGACUUCAUCAGCAACUGUCAACCGGAAGCUCACUCCAUCUCCGGCUGUCUGAGGGAGAACUACGCAGACUGUCUACUCUCCUACUCCGGACUCAUCGGUACGGUGAUGACACCAAAUUACGAGCGGUCUUUCGGCAUCAGCCUGUCGCCGUGGUGCGACUGCAGCAGCAGCGGCAACAGCAGGACGGACUGCGAAAAAUUUGCCGAGUUCUUCACCAGCAAUCGAUGCCUGCGCAACGCCAUCCAGGCGUUUGGAAACGGCACCGACGUCGGGGUCUGGCAGCCGCAGCCCCCCAUCCGGCCCACGGUGGAGUCCGGCGCCACUCGGAAGGGCAAAGAGCGAAGCGGCGGCGCCCUGGACACGCUGACGGACAUGAGCAAGCUGGGCCCCGACGGGAACUCGCUGUACCAGAUCUGUGGGACCCUGCAGGCUCAAAAGCUGGUGUCGAAUCAAACGGCGGACGCCUCUCUCUGUGCGAACCAUCCGCUGGACGAGUCCAGCGACUCCAACGCCGUCGCCAGAAGCUCGCCGGCCGAACUGGCCUCGCCACGUCUCUCCACCCUGCUCCUCGCCGUAGCUUUCGCCUCCACGUCGGCAGCGCUGCAGCUCUUGUAG